AUGGCGACCACGUCGAACAUGUUCAUGUACUCGCUGACGGUUCAGCCGCCGACAAAUGUCACGCAAGCGGUCUUGGGCCAGUUCGCAGGCACUAGAGAACAGCUUAUCAUCACUGCUGCUGGCUCGCAGCUCUCCCUACUACGACCCGAUCCAUCCCAGGGAAAGGUAAUUACCCUCCUAUCGCAUGAUGUAUUUGGCAUCAUACGUUCCCUCGCCGCUUUUCGGUUAGCUGGUAGCAAUAAGGACUACUUGAUCAUUGCGUCCGAUUCUGGUCGUAUCACAAUCAUUGAGUACCUCCCUGCACAGAACCGCUUUCACCGUUUACAUCUCGAAACUUUUGGCAAAUCCGGUGUACGGAGAGUCAUCCCUGGCGAGUAUCUAGCCUGCGACCCAAAGGGCAGAGCAUGCUUGAUUGCCUCAACUGAGAAGAACAAACUUGUCUAUGUUCUCAACCGUAAUUCACAAGCCGAGCUCACAAUCUCGUCACCGCUUGAGGCCCACAAACCCGGCGUGCUGGUCAUCUCCAUGGUUGCGCUUGAUGUUGGCUACUCAAACCCAGUGUUUGCCGCACUCGAGAUUGACUACUCCGAGAUUGAUCAAGACUCAACCGGCCAAGCAAUGGAAGAGUUGGAGACUCAACUGGUCUAUUAUGAGCUUGAUUUGGGACUCAAUCACGUUGUGCGCAAGUGGUCAGACCCUGUUGACCCAACAGCCUCAAUUCUGUUCCAGGUCCCUGGUGGAAAUGACGGGCCUAGUGGUGUGCUCGUGUGCGGUGAAGAAAAUAUCACAUAUCGACACUCAAAUCAGGAAGCAUUCCGUGUUGCCAUCCCUCGUCGGCGCGGCGCCACUGAGGAUCCGAACCGCAAGCGCACGAUCGUGUCUGGUAUCAUGCACAAGCUGAAAGGCAGUGCAGGCGCGUUUUUCUUCCUCCUUCAAACAGAUGACGGUGAUCUCUUCAAACUCUCGAUUGAUAUGAUUGAGGAUGAGGAAGGUAAUCCCACUGGAGAAGUCAAAAGACUCAAGAUCAAGUAUUUUGACACCGUUCCGGUCGCCUCAAGUCUCUGUAUCUUGAAGAGCGGUUUCCUCUAUGUUGCUUCUCAGUUUGGUAACUACUCAUUCUACCAAUUUGAAAAGCUCGGUGAUGACGAUGAGGAACUAGAGUUCUAUAGUGAUGACUUCCCAGCGGAUCCCAGGGCUUCUUACGAGCCAGUUUACUUCCACCCUCGGCCAACUGAAAACUUGGCCCUGGUCGAGAGCAUCCCUGCCAUGAACCCCCUCCUAGAUUGCAAGGUCGCAAAUCUCACUGGAGAAGAUGCACCUCAAAUCUAUACCAUUUGUGGUAAUGGCCCCCGAAGUAGCUUCAGGAUGCUCAAGCAUGGCUUGGAAGUCAACGAGAUUGUUGCCUCUGAACUGCCUGGAAUUCCUUCUGCUGUUUGGACGCUGAAGCUGAAUCGUUCCGAACAGUACGAUGCUUACAUCGUACUAUCAUUUACCAACGGUACGCUAGUCCUUAGUAUUGGCGAGACUGUUGAGGAAGUCAGUGACUCCGGUUUUCUCACGAGUGUUCCAACGCUGGCGGCCCAGCUCCUUGGUGACGAUGGACUGAUCCAGGUUCAUCCCAAGGGCAUUCGACACGUGCGUAAUGGCCAUGUCAAUGAAUGGGCCGCUCCGCAACAUCGCUCCAUUGUUGCUGCUACAGCCAAUGCUCAUCAGGUCGCUGUCGCUCUCAGCUCUGGUGAGAUCGUCUACUUCGAGAUGGAUGCGGACGGCUCACUGGCUGAGUAUGAUGAAAAGAAGGAGAUGUUCGGUACCGUUACUUGCCUAAGUCUGGGUGACGUCCCUGAGGGACGAUUAAGAAGUUCAUUCUUAGCAGUCGGUUGCGACGAUUGCACUGUCCGCAUACUCAGCCUGGAUCCAGAGUCGACUUUGGAAAACAAGUCAGUUCAGGCUCUUACAGCUGCGCCAACAUCGCUGGCAAUCAUCGCAAUGGAUGACUCCUCGUCGGGCGGUUCUACCCUCUAUCUCCACAUCGGUCUACACUCCGGUGUCUAUCUCAGGACAGUUCUUGACGAAGUCACUGGUGAGUUGACAGACACGCGCCAAAAGUUCCUCGGCCCCAAAGAAGUCCGACUUUUCCAGGUCACAGUUCAAGGCAAGACAUGCGUGCUUGGUCUAAGCUCCAGGCCUUGGCUUGGCUACGCAGACCCGAUCACAAAAGGUUUUGUAGUGACGCCCCUAAACUACGUCGACCUUGAGUGGGGUUGGAACUUCAGUAGUGAGCAGUGCGAAGAAGGCAUUGUUGGUAUCCAAGGUCAAUCGUUACGAAUUUUUAAUAUCGAUCGGCUUGGCGAUACACUCAUCCAGAAAUCAAUUCCUUUAACAUAUACCCCAAAGAAACUUGUAAAGCACCCUGACCAGCCUCUCUUCUACACUAUCGAGGCAGACAACAACACUUUACCACCUGAGUUACGUGCACAACUUUUGGCAGACCCUAAAAUCGUCAACGGCGAUUCUAGAGUGCUCCCACCUGAAGAUUUUGGCUAUCCCAAAGGUACACGUCGAUGGGCAUCUUGCAUUAAUGUGAUAGAUCCGCUUUCCGAGGAAGGACAGGUUCUGCAAACGAUUGAUUUGGAGAACAAUGAAGCGGCAGUCAGUGCAGUAAUCGUGUCUUUUUCAAGCCAAGAUAACGAGAACUUUUUGGUAGUUGGUACCGGCAAAGACAUGGUGGUCAAUCCCCGCAGUUACAGCGAAGGAUAUCUACACAUUUACCGAUUUCAAGAUGGGGGGCGAGAACGAAGAGUGGCUGUUGCAGUUGGAACACAGUUGCGUAUAUAUGAUCUCGGCAUGAGACAGAUGCUCCGCAAAUCUCAGGCUGAAGUAGCAGCGCAGCAGAUCGUGUCGCUGAACACCCAGGGCAGUCGAAUUAUUGUCGGUGAUGUUCAACAGGGCGUAACCUACGUGGUGUACAAGCCUGCGUCGAACAAACUCAUUCCCUUUGUUGAUGAUACCAUCGCAAGGUGGACCACAUGCACAACCAUGGUAGAUUACGAGUCGGUGGCCGGUGGUGACAAGUUCGGAAAUAUGUUCAUUGUCCGCUGCCCUGAGAAAGCCAGUGAAGAGGCUGACGAGGAGCAGACGGGCUUGCAUCUUAUUAAUGCGCGAGAAUAUCUCCACGGUACACCUCACAGAGUGAGUCUGAUGUGCCAUUUCUACACACAGGACAUACCAACCAGUAUCACCAAAACGAGUCUGGUAGUUGGUGGGCAGGAAAUUUUACUAUGGAGCGGUAUCAUGGGCACUAUCGGAGUCUUCAUACCAUUUGUCAGUCGUGAAGAUGCAGACUUCUUCCAGAAUCUCGAACAACACCUAAGGACCGAGGACCCCCCGCUCGCCGGACGAGAUCAUCUUAUGUAUCGCGGGUAUUAUGCUCCUGUCAAGGGGGUCAUUGAUGGCGAUCUAUGCGAGCGGUAUAACCUCUUACCCAACGACAAGAAGCUUAUGAUUGCCGGUGAAUUGGACCGAUCGGUCCGAGAGAUCGAGCGAAAGAUUUCUGAUAUUCGGACACGGUCUGCAUUCUGA